AUGGAGUGUCCACAGUGCAGGCAUGUCUCCUCAGAGAAGGCACCCAAGUUCUGUAGCGAGUGUGGACAGAAAUUGUCUCCUGCAGCCACUGUGCAAGUAGAUCUCAAGAAUAACAAUGCCUUGGUGAUGGCAUCAACCCCAGAGGGAAAGACUGAGCAGGGGGAAGUGCUGAGAGAGGAGGAGGUCCUACUCUCGUCCACAGACUCCAGCAAGGAACUGGAAAACCCGGAGGAGUCGGAGUCCAGUGCCUCCUGGACCACCCAAAUGAGUAAAAAGGAGAAGAGGAGGAGGAGGAAACAGGGCACCAUGUCUCCCUCAGAGGCACCUUCCUCUGGCCUCUGGAGUCUGGACAUGCCCUCAAGCCCUGGACCCCACGACUCAGCCUUGCCCCAGAGCCAAGCCCAGCAGGGUGGUGCGGCCAGCCAGCCUGGGCAUUCCCUGGACCCAGAGAACAUGCCAGUGGAGAAGGACGGCUCUGUGCAUGCAGAGGGCAACGGCAGCCCUCAGCAGGGUCGGGCCGCGGAAGGCACAGACGCUCAGAGCAACCUUGCUCCCAGUGACCACGCAGAAGUGAAGGACCUCAGUACCUCUACACCAUCAGUGGACAAGGGUCUGGCCCUAGGGGUGGGCCCAGCCCUUUCUGCCUUCGAAGGCCAUCCUAAGGUGACUGAGGCUUCCCAGAAGGCCCCAUUACCUGAGUCUAAGGAGGAGACAUCUGGACAAGAGGAGAAAGUGCUGCCAACUGAUGCUGCAGCCAAUCGGGUGAAGAAAGCUGGGAAAGAAACAAGAGACGAUGCUCAGAAACAGAUACCGUCGCCUGUGAGCCCUGCUGCCUCUAAGGAUAGAGGCCAGGAAGCUGAACUCAAGGGCAAGUUGGCCACUCCUGUUAGGAAGAGUAGUGCAAGUGGGAACACCCAGCCAGAAGACCAGAAGAAGCCAGGAGAGAGCAGAAACUACGCAGCAGCAGUGAAAAACAAGAACCAGCAGGCUGCUGCACCAGAGGCUCCAGGUGCACUUAACCUGUGUGAUAGAGUCACUGUGUACUUCCAUGCUAUCGUCUCACGUCACUUUGGAUUCAAUCCGGACAAGCACAGAGUGUGUGUCAGAGGGGGAGACGGACUCGGGCAGAAAGCCUGGACUGAUGCUUGCGAGAUGUACUACGCCCAAGACCUGCAUGACCUCGGGUCUCUCAUCGAGGGCAAAAUGGACAUUCCCAGACAGAGCCUGGACAAACCCAUCCCUUAUAAGUAUGUCAUUCACCGUGGUGGCAGUGGCAGGGAUACUGUGGAAUAUGAGUUCAUCUAUGAAGUGGCACAGAAGAAAGGAGACCACGUGAACCGCUGUCUGCAGGUUGCCUCUGCUUCCUUGGGCAGAGGAGACUGGCAUCAGUACGAUGACAUAAUCUGCAUGAAGUCUACCGGUUUGGUCCAGGAAGCCAAGAACUUCUUUACCGACAGCACAAGAAAGGAACUGGUGAGAGGAAAGAAGCAGGCUGCUAAGGUCAUGCUGGACCGCGUCUUCAGUGUGCUGCAGCCAUGGAGUGCCGUCAAUCUGCAGAGCUUCAUGACACAGUUCCGGCAGUUCUACUCUGUGGUCCGGGAGCCCGUGAUUCACGAUGGCCGUGCAAGGAAAUGGUCCAGUCUGCAAUAUAAGGAAGGAGAGGUGAAGAUAAACCUGUGGGAGCAUGUGAAAAAGCAUAUGGUCCCGUUCCUGGAAGGAAAGAGUGGGGAGUCUCUGCCUGCCAGCUGCCCUGUGAGGAGUAAGCUGAUGUUGGGCCUGAGCAUCCUUUUCAUGGUGGAAGCAGCUGACUUUACUGUACCCCAAGAGGAUCUGGACUCGCUGUGUUAUCUCCUCAUUCCAAGUGCUGGCUCACCAGAAGCCCUCCAAAGUGACCUGGGCCCUGUCCUCAGCAUGUCUCAAAGAUGGCGUGCAUACCUGACAAACCUAUGCCAUAGGUGCAUAGACAAGAGGUGUGGCCGCUGGCUGGGCAUCUUACCUCUCCUGCACCACUGCAUGCAGCAGUCUCCACCCAGGAAGAAUUCCAAGAGCCAGCCCGAGGACAGCUGGGCAGGCCUCGAAGGCAUCUCCUUCUCAGAGUUUCGGGACAAAGCACCCACUAGUAGCCAGGCUCUCCAGUUCACGCAGAAUAAGAUGGCCCUGCUGCAUGUGGAUGAGUAUCUCUUCCGCUCCUGGUUCAGCUUGGUCCCUCUUGAAAGCUUAACUUCCUACAUGCAGAACUCCAUAGAAUACCUGAGUCACGUGCCCACUCGGGUCCUGGACUGUUUUCAAGGGAUUUCAUACCGCCUUAGAGAGCUGGAGAGGAUCUUACACCAAAACAUGGAGGACGUCGAGAAAGUCUUUAAAAUGCUGAUGCACCUUAUGGAAAUGUAUCAGGACAGGAUCUUUGAGGAAAGCCUGCCACAGAUCUACUUGACUGAGUGUUUGACCAUCCAUGAAACUGUCUGUAACAUCACAGCUAACCAACACUUCUUCGAGAUUCCUGCCCUGUCUGCUGAGCUUAUCUGUGAAAUGCUUAAGCUCAACUCUUCAGGGCAUACCGACGAGGAGCUGGCCGCAAAACCUUAUGAAGACUUGGUGAUGAGCACCUUCCGGGAUGCCCUGAACACCACAAGAAACUGGCUGCGCAAAGUGUUUAAAGGCCGCAUGUUCUCUUACAGCUCAGCCACCGUUCGACUUACCGAUCCUAAUGAGAUGGAGGUAUGGCGACGGCUGGUGGAGAUCGACUUUCCAGAGAAGUAUGGCUGGAAGGAGUCCCUGCUGGGAGACAUGGAGGGGAGACUCAAGCAGGAGCCUCCCCGUUUGCAGAUCUCCUUCUUCUGCAGCAGUCAGUGUCAUGAUGGCGGACUCCGUGACAGCGUGGCAAGGAGCUUUGAGAAGUGUGUCAUCGAGGCUGUGAGCUCUGCAUGCCAGUCUCAGACCAGUGUCCUUGAGGGCCUCUCCUGUAAAGAUUUGCAGAAAUUUGGUACCCUCUUGUCUGCUGUGAUAACUAAGUCGUGGCCUGUGCACAACGGGGAGGCUGUGUUCGAUGUGGAUGAGAUCUUCAAAUACCUGCUCAAGUGGCCAGAUGUGAGGCAGGUCUUCAGAUUGUGUGGAACCAAUAAGAACAUCAUAGACAACAUCACGGAGGAAGGCAGGCAGCUGAUGGCCACUGCUGAGUCUGUGUUCCAGAAGGUUGCAGGGGAACUUGAAAAUGGCACCAUUGUGGUCGGACAGCUGGAGCUGAUCCUUGAGUACAAGGGUCAGUUUCUUGACAUCUGGAACUUAAAUAGAGAGAGGCUGCCAUCCCAAGAGAAGGCCUGUGAUGUGAAGGACUUGCUGGAAAGGAGAAGGGAUGACCUGCGGUUCCUCAAGCGAGAGAAGAGAUACGUGGAGAGCCUCCUGAUGCAGCUUGGAAGAGUCAAACACCUCGUGCAAGUGGAUUUUGGAAACAUUGAAACAAUCCACUCUCAAGACCUCAGCAAUAAGAAACUAAAUGAAGCUGUGAUUAAGCCCCCCAAUCCCUCAUCCUCCAAAAGGAAGACACAUUACUGCCUGAACUCUGAUAUCCGAGAAAUGGCACAAAAGCUAGACUCCCUGAAAGACAGCCAUAUCUUCCAGGACUUCUGGCAUGAGACAGCAGAGUUGCUGAAUACUCUGGAUAAGGACCCCAGAGAGUUGAAGUUUUUGCUUCCAGAAGUCUUGGAAUACCUGUACAAACCUUGUUAUGACAAAUUCUACAAGCUCUAUGAGAAUCUGAAGUCAGGAAAGAUCACCUUUGCUGAAGUUGACAUCAUCUUCAGAGACUUUAAAGAUAAAUAUGAUGAACUGGAUGGUGAUCUUCAAUUCAUGUGCACUAUGAACCCUGAGGACAAAAAACGUUGGAUCCCCGAGCGUGUUGGGCAGAUCAGAGAAUAUCACACACUGAACCAGGCUGUCAGCUCUGCCAAGGUCAUCUGGCAGGUCCGAAGAGCUUUGGGUGUGACCGGUGACUUCAGUGUUCUUAACCCAUUGUUAAACUUUGCGAAUUCCUUUGAGGACUUUCGUAAUGAGAAACUGGACCAGAUCAGCCCACAGUUCAUCAAGGCCAAAAGGCUGCUCCAAGACAUCAGUGAGGCUCGCCACCACUGCUUGCAGGAACUCACCCUGCACAUGGACCUUGUCACCUGGCUGCAUGAGGCCCUGGAAGACUUCAAUGAACUCAAGGUGUUUGUGGACCUGGCCUCCAUCUCAGCGGGAGAGAAUGACAUUGAUGUGGACCGGGUAGCCUGUUUCCACGAUGCCGUGCAGGGCUAUGCUUCUCUGCUGUACAAGAUGGAUGCAAAUACAGACUUCGAGGAGUUCAUGAAUCAUGUGCAGGAACUCUGGAGGGCCCUGGACAAUGACCAGCACCUGCCCGAUAAGCUGAGAGAUUCUGCCAGAAAUUUGGAGUGGCUGAAGACAGUGAAGGAAAGCCAUGGCUCUGUGGAGCUCUCAUCUCUGUCCCUGGCCACAGCAAUCAACAACAGGGGCAUCUAUGUCAUUGAGGCACCCCAAGAUGGCCAGAAGAUUUCCCCAGACACUGUUCUCCACCUCCUCCUCCCUGAUCACCAUGGUUACCAGGAGGUAUUACGCAAGUACUCCACAGAGGAGCUGAAGGAGCUUUUAAAUAAGCUGAUGCUAAUGUCUGGAAAGAAAGACCACAACAGCAAUGUAGAAGUGGACAAGUUUGCAGAGGUCUUCAGCAACAUGCAGCGGCUUGUACAUGUUUUCAUAAACCUGCACUGUGCAGGCAACAUGCUGUUCAGAACUUGGACUGCUAAGGUCUACUGUUGCCCCGGUGGGGGCAUCUCCAUGGACUUUGGCUUGGAGCUGCUGAGCCAGCUGACAGAGAGUGGAGACAUCAUUCAGCUCCUGGGAGCCCUCUGCAGGCAGAUGGAGAACUUCCUAGACAAUUGGAAAACAGUGGUCACCCAGAAGAGAGCUAAACACUUUUACCUCAACUUCUACACAGCUGAGCAGCUGGUCUACCUAAGCAGCGAGCUCGGGAAACCCAGACCUAGUGAAGCUGCCCUCAUGAUGCUGUCCUUCAUUAAAGGCAAAUGCACUGUCCAGGACCUCACACAAGCUACCAGUGCCUGUGAAAGCAAGGCUGCCAGACACAGCCUGAGGGAGGUUAUGAAAAGGCUGCCUCAGCAGCUGCUUUCUGAGUCCAGCCUGAUGGGCAAGCUUCAGGUCAUCAUGGCACAAUCCCUAGUGUGCAUGAGUGCAUUCCUGCCGAGCUGUCUGGACCUGGAUGCCCUGGGUAGAUGCCUGGCUCAUCUGGCCAUGUUAGGUGGCUCUCCUGUGGAGCGGCCCCUCCCCAAAGGCCUGCAGGUUGGCCAGCCUAACCUCAUCUUGUGUGGCCACUCUGAGGUGUUGCCGGCUGCACUGGCCAUCUACAUGCAGGCCCCUAGGCAGCCCCUGCCCACCUUUGAUGAGGUGCUGCUCUGCACCCCAGGGACCACAAUCGAGGAGGUGGAACUACUCCUGCGACGCUGCCUUACUUUGGGCUCCCAGGGGCAUAAGGUCUAUAGUUUGCUGUUUGCAGACCAGCUGAGCUAUGAAGUGGGCUGCCAGGCAGAAGAGCUCUUCCAGAGUCUGUGCACAGAGUUGCACCGUGAAGACUACCAGUUGGUGAUACUCUGUGAUGCUGCCCGGGAGCACUGCUACAUCCCCUCCACCUUCAGCCAGCACAAAGUUCCCAUGGUGCCCCAGGCCCCACUGCCGGACAUCCAAGCCUACCUUGAGAACCAUUAUCGGGUCCCGAAGCGGAUCCUGUCAGCAGCAACUGUAUUCAGAGACGGGCUGUGUGUUGGAAUCGUGACCUCUGAAAGAGCUGGUGUUGGAAAGUCUCUCUAUGUGAACACAUUGCACAAAAAACUGAAAACGAAGCUACAUGAUGAGACGGUACCUUUAAAAAUUAUCCGGUUGACAGAGCCUCACAUAGAUGAGAACCAAGUCCUGAGCGCCCUCCUGCCAUUCUUGAAGGAGAACUAUCAGAAGAUGCCGGUCAUAUUCCACAUUGAUGUGAGCACUUCAGUACAGACUGGAAUUCCCAUCUUUCUUUUCAAACUACUAAUUCUGCAGUACCUAAUGGAUAUCAAUGGAAAAAUGUGGCGGCGGAACCCGUGCCAUUUAUACCUUGUUGAAAUCCCACAAGGGCUCUCAGUACAGCCAAAGAGAUCUUCUACACUGAACGCACGUGUACCCCUGUUCAAGUUUCUUGAUAUCUUCCCCAAAGUUACCUGCCGUCCUCCCAAGGAAGUGAUAGACAUGGAGCUGACUCCUGAGAGGAGCCACACAGAACCUGCAAUGGACCCAGUGGAGUUCUGCAGUGAAGCUUUCCAAAGACCUUACCAGUAUUUAAGACGUUUCCAUCAAAAGCAGAACCUGGACACGUUUCAGUAUGAAAAAGACUCUGUGGAAGGCUCCCCUGAGGAGUGUCUGCAGCACUUCCUCAUCUACUGUGGCCUGAUAAACCCUUCCUGGUCAGAGCUUCGGAACUUUGCUUGGUUUCUGAACUGUCAGCUCAAAGACUGUGAGGCGUCUGUCUUCUGCAACUCAGCUUUUACUGGAGACACACUUCGGGGCUUUAAGAACUUUGUGGUCACCUUCAUGAUCUUAAUGGCCAGGGAUUUCGCCACUCCGACUCUUCACACUUCAGACCAAAGCCCAGGUCAGCAGUCGGUCACCAUAGACGAAGUUGCUGAAGAAGACCUAGCUCCCUUCUCUCUUCGAAAGAGGUGGGAGUCAGAGCCCCAUCCGUAUGUCUUCUUCAAUGGUGACCGCAUGACCAUGACAUUCAUAGGUUUCCAUUUGAACCCUAAUAACAAUGGCUAUGUUGAUGCAAUCAAUCCCUCAAGUGGGAAGGUCAUCAAAAAGGACGUCAUGACCAAAGAACUGUUUGAGGGGCUGAGGCUUCAGAGAGUGCCCUUCAACAUUGACUUUGAUAACUUGCCCAGACAUGAGAAGCUUGAAAGACUCUGCCUGGCACUAGGUAUUGAGUGGCCUAGUGAUCCCGAUGAAGCAUACGAACUUACCACAGACAAUAUGCUUAAGAUCCUGGCCAUUGAAAUGCGGUUCCGGUGUGGGAUCCCAGUUAUCAUCAUGGGAGAGACAGGCUGUGGGAAAACUAGGCUCAUCAAGUUUCUUAGCGAUCUCAGGCGUGGUAGUGUUGAGGCAGAAACUAUGAAGUUGGUGAAGGUCCAUGGAGGGACAACACCAUCCAUGAUCUACUCCAAGGUCAAGGAUGCUGAGAGAACAGCCUUCUCCAAUAAGGCCCAACACAAGCUGGAUACCAUCUUGUUCUUUGAUGAAGCCAACACAACAGAAGCUGUAAGCUGUAUCAAAGAGGUCUUGUGUGAUCGAACGGUGGAUGGCGAGCACCUAAAUGAGGACUCUGGCCUGCAUAUCAUUGCUGCCUGCAACCCUUACCGGAAACACUCCCAGGAGAUGAUCCUCCGCCUGGAGUCAGCAGGUUUGGGAUACAGAGUGAGUGCAGAGGAGACUGCAGACAGGCUGGGCUCCAUCCCCCUGCGGCAGCUGGUAUAUCGUGUCCAUGCUCUGCCUCCAAGCCUCAUUCCUUUGGUAUGGGACUUUGGACAGCUGAAUGACUCUGCGGAAAAGCUGUACAUCCAGCAGAUCGUACAGAGACUGGUGGACUCCGUCACGGUGAAUGAAAGUGAGACUUGCAUGAUUACAGAUGUACUCUCCACCUCUCAGAGGUUCAUGAGGAAGAGGGAGAAUGAAUGUGGUUUUGUUAGCCUCCGGGAUGUGGAGCGCUGUGUGAAAGUUUUCCGGUGGUUUCAUGACCACAGUGAUAUGCUCUUAGACGAGCUUGACGUCUUUCUCCAUGGAUCCAGUGACAGCACGCAUACUUUUGAGAGAGACCCUGUUCUCUGGUCCCUGGUGAUGGCCAUUGGGGUAUGCUACCAUGCCUCUUUAGAAGAGAAAGCAUCCUACCGCACAGCCAUUGCCAGGUGCUUUCCCAAACCAUACAAUGACAGCAAGGUCAUCCUUGAUGAGAUCACACAUGUACAGGAUCUUUUUCUGAGUGGGGCACCCAUAAGGACCAACAUAGCCAGGAACUUGGCUUUGAAGGAGAAUGUCUUCAUGAUGGUAAUCUGUAUUGAGCUUAAGAUUCCCCUUUUCCUAGUGGGGAAGCCCGGCAGCUCCAAAUCCCUUGCUAAGAUCAUUGUGGCAGAUGCCAUGCAGGGGCAGGCUGCCUUCUCUGAUCUCUUUCGCUGCCUGAAACAGGUCCACCUGGUGUCAUUCCAGUGCAGCCCCCAUUCCACCCCCCAAGGUAUCAUCAGCACCUUCAAACAGUGUGCUCGAUUCCAGCAGGGUAAAGACCUGGAGCAGUAUGUCUCAGUGGUGGUGUUGGAUGAGGUUGGGCUGGCUGAAGACUCACCCAAAAUGCCCCUGAAGACUCUGCACCCCCUACUGGAAGAUGGGUGCAUUGAAGAUGAUCCUGCCCCAUACAAAAAAGUUGGCUUUGUUGGCAUUUCCAACUGGGCUCUAGAUCCUGCCAAGAUGAACCGAGGUAUCUUUGUGUCGCGUGGCAGUCCCAAUGAGAAAGAGCUCAUAGAGAGUGCUGAGGGGAUCUGCUCUUCCGACAGGCUGGUUCAGGACAGAAUCCGCGGGUAUUUUGCACCCUUUGCCAAGGCCUAUGAAACAGUGUGUCAGAAGCAGGAUAAGGAGUUCUUUGGGCUUCGUGACUAUUACAGCCUCAUCAAGAUGAUCUUUGCCAAAGCCAAGGCUUCUAAAAGGGGGCUUUCCCCACGAGACAUCGCUCAUGCUGUGCUUCGGAACUUCAGUGGUAAAGACAACAUCCAGGCCCUGAGCAUCUUUACAGCCAGUCUUCCGGAGGCCAGGCACAAGGAAGAAGUCAGUACUGUGGAACUCAUCAAGCAGAACAUUAGCACUGGCCUGCAGGCGUCCAGCAGGGGCCUGGACGCCGCUGAGUCCCGCUACUUGCUUGUGCUGACCAGGAACUAUGUGGCACUGCAGAUCCUCCAGCAGACAUUCUUUGAGGGUCAGCAACCAGAGAUCAUUUUCGGCUCCAGCUUUCCUCAGGACCAGGAAUACACCCAGAUCUGCAGGAACAUUAACCGGGUGAAGAUCUGCAUGGAGACAGGGAAGAUGGUGGUGCUGCUGAAUCUGCAGAAUCUCUAUGAGAGCCUGUAUGACGCUCUCAACCAGUACUAUGUCUACCUUGGGGGCCAGAAGUAUGUGGACCUUGGACUAGGUACGCACCGAGUCAAAUGUCGAGUCCACGCUGAUUUCCGCCUCAUUGUCAUUGAGGAGAAAGAUGUGGUGUACAAGCAGUUCCCUGUGCCCCUCAUCAACCGUCUAGAGAAGCACUACCUGGACAUGAACACCGUGCUGCAGGGGUGGCAGAAGGGCAUCGUUCAGGAGCUGCAGCAGUGGGCACAUGAGUUUGCAGAUGUAAAAGCAGACCAGUUCACUGCCAGACACAAGUACAGUCCUGCAGACGUCUUCAUCGGCUACCACUCUGAUGCCUGUGCCUCUGUGGUGCUACAGGCUAUAGAGAGGCAGGGCUGCAGGGAUCUGACGGAGGAGCUGUACCAAAAGGUGUCUGAAGAGGCCAAGUCCAUCCUGCUGGACUGUGCAACACCAGACGCUGUGGUCCGGCUGAGCGGUUCCACACUGGGCUCGUUCACUGCGAAGCUGCUGUCACAGGAGUAUUACUACACCCAGCAGCACAACUCUUUUGUAGACUUCCUCCUGGCCCACCUGUGCAUGGCCCAUCAUGAAUGCCGGGCUGUCUUCACAGAGAUCACCACUUUCUCGAGACUGCUGACCAGUCAUGACUGUGAUGUCCUAGAAUCUGAGCUGAGAGGACUGGCCUCAAAGCCUAUGGUGCUGUCAAUACAGCAGUAUGACACAGAAUAUUCAUUCCUUAAGGAUGUCCGCUCCUGCUUAAUGAACCCAGCCAAGCGUAAAAUCCUAGUCAUCCAGACAGACUUUGACGAUGGCAUCCAUAGCGCGCAGCUCAUAGCCUCUGCCAAGUAUUCUGCCAUCAACGAAAUCAACAAAACACAUGGAACAAAGGACUUCGUCUUUGUUUAUUUUGUCACAAAACUGUCUCGAAUGGGAAGUGGUACAUCAUACGUGGGGUUCCAUGGAGGGCUAUGGCGGUCUGUACAUAUUGAUGACCUCCGCAGAUCAACAGUUAUGGCUUCAGAUGUCACCAAACUGCAGAAUGUCACUAUCAGCCAGUUGUUCAAGCCAGUGGACAAACCUGAGCAGGAGGAGAUGGAGACAGAGACCAGCAAGUCCGGGAAAGUGGCAGAGGAACAGAUGGAAGUGGAAGGUUCAGAGGAGAUGAAAAAGGCCUCUGACCCAGGAGGCUGUGAUUCUGAUUGUCUUCCUCCGUGUUCACAGGUCCUAGACACCACCAGACUGGUACGGAGCUGUGUGCAGGGUGCUGUGGGGAUGCUCAGAGACCAGAAUGAGAGCUGUGCACGCAACAUGAGGAGAGUCACCAUUCUUCUUGACCUCUUAAAUGAAGACAGCACACGCAACGCUUCUUUUUUGCGGGAAUCUAAGAUGCGCCUCCAUGUUCUUCUAAACAAGCAAGAAGAGAACCAGGUCCGCAGUUUAAAGGAGUGGGUCACCAGGGAGGCUGCAAAUCAGGACGCCCUGCAGGAGGCAGGCACCUUCAGGCAUACCCUUUGGAAGCGGGUCCAAGAUGUGGUCACCCCCAUCCUGGCGAGCAUGAUAUCUCACAUCGAUAGAGAUGGCAACCUGGAGCUACUGGCCCAGCCAGUUUCACCGGCCUGGGUUCAAGAUCUUUGGAUGUUUAUUUACAGUGAUAUUAAGUUUCUGAAUAUCCCUCUUGUGAGUAACACAAGGUCCAACAAUGAGAUGUCUUUCAUCCUGGUGCAGAGCCACAUGAACCUGCUCAAGGAUGCCUGCAAUGCUGUCCCUUUUAGCUGGAGGAUCAGGGACUACCUGGAGGAGCUCUGGGUGCAGGCUCAGUAUAUCACAGACUCAGCAGGAUUAUCAAAGAAGUUCGUGGAAAUCUUCCAGAAAACUCCCUUGGGCAUGUUUCUCGCUCAGUUCCCUGUGGCACAGCAGCAGCAACUCCUGCAGAGCUACUUGAAGGACUUCCUGCUCUUGACCAUGAAAGUGUCUUCAUGGGAGGAGUUAACGUUUCUGCAGAUGGCCCUGUGGUCCUGCCUCAGUGAGCUCCACGUGGCUUCAGGAACUCCUGAAGAAGGGCUCUCCUUGCCCUGGGUACACCUUGCUUAUCAGCACUUCAGGACCCGGCUACAGAACUUCUCCAGAAUUUUGACCAUCCAGCCCCAGGUUCUGAGCAGCCUCAGUCAAGCAGCAGAGAAGCACAACCUGGCUGGGUCUGAAAUGACACUGGAUGCAUUUGCAGCAAUGGCCUGUGCUGAAAUCCUCAAGAGAGACAUCCUGAAGCCAAGCCCCAAAGUUUGGUUACAGCUCGUGAAGAAUCUGUCCACGCCACUGGAGCUUGUCUGUUCAGAAGGGUACUUGCGAGACAGUGGGAGCAUGACCAGAUCUGUCAUCCAGGAGGUCAGAGCCCUGUGGAAUCGCAUUUUCUCCAUUGCCCUCUUUGUGGAGCACGUUCUUCUGGGGACUGAGAGCCAGAUUCCUGAGCUGAGUCCGCUGGUAACCACAUAUGUCUUCUUACUAGACAAAUGUCUUGAGGAGGACUCUAACCUCAAAGCCCACAGGCCGUUUGUGGCUGUGAUGACCACACUCUGUAACUGCAAGGACAAGGCCAGCAAGAAGCUCAGCAGGUUUGGUAUUCAGCCGUGUUUAAUCUGCCAGGGAGAUGCACAGGAUCCCAUCUGUCUGCCCUGUGAUCAUGUGUAUUGUCUACUUUGCAUUCAAACCUGGCUUAUCCCAGGACAAAUGAUGUGCCCCUACUGCAAAACUGACUUGCCAGACAAGUUCUCACCAGCUGUUUCCCAGAACCACAGGAAAGCCAUUGAGAAGCACGCCCAGUUCCGGCACAUGUGCAACAGCUUCUUUGUGGACCUCGUUUCUACCAUGUGCUUCAAGGAUAACACUCCCCCUCAGAAGAGUGUGAUUGAUACACUGUUGUCCUUGCUCUUCAUACAAAAAGAGCUGCUUAGAGAUGCUUCCCAAAAACAUCGUGAACACACGAAGUCUCUGUCUCCAUUUGAUGAUGUUGUUGACAAGACUCCUGUCAUCCGCUCUGUGGUAUUAAAACUGCUUCUCAAGUACAGCUUCCAUGAAGUAAAGGAUUACAUCCAGAACUACUUGACCCAGUUAGAAAGCAAAGCAUUCCUCACAGAAGACAAGACAGAACUGUACCUGCUUUUUAUCAGCUGCCUGGAGGACUCAGUACAGCAGAAGACAAGUGCUGGCUGCAGAAAUCAUGAGCAGGUUCUCAGAGAGGAAGGCCAUUUCCUUAGGGCAUAUUCCGCAGGACUGCGAGGCCAGGCGUCUGUGCGCACUGCUUCAGUGGAGUACCUGCAGGAGGUGGCCAGAGUCCGCCUGUGCCUUGACUUGGCUGCUGACUUCCUCUCAGAGCUUCAGGAAGGCUCAGAACUGGCUGAAGAUAAGAGGUGUUUCCUGAAGCAUGUUGAGCAGUUCUGCACACGUGUCAACAAUGAUUGGCACCGAGUGUACCUGGUGAGGAAACUCUCAAGCCAGUGUGGGAUGGAAUUUGUGCUGGACUUCUCCAGGCAGGGCCAUCCAUGCCAAUGGGUGUUUCCCAGGGAUGUCAUUGCACAGCAGAAGGACCACACAAGUCAGAUGGACCGAUACCUCGUCCAUGGUGAUGAAUACAAGGCUGUCCGUGAUGCACUGGCCAAAGCUGUGCUUGAGUGCAAGACCCUAGACGUUGGGAAUGCUCUGACGGCCUGCAGAAGCUCCAAAGCCCAUCAGACAGCCUACUUAUUGCUGGCCUUGUACACAGAGGUGGCUGCUUUGUACCGUCCCCGCAAUGGCAGCCUCCAUCCAGAACCAAAGCAAUUGGAGACUGUGAACAAAUUCAUUAAGGAAAGCAAGAUCCUCUCUGCUCCUAACAUCAGAUGCUUUGCAAAAUCGCUAGUGGAUAAUACUCAUCCCCUGCUGCAGACCGGGUCUGCUCACAGUAGCCUGCAAGGAACGGUGACUGAAAUGGCCAUCCACAUGGCAACCAUACUCCUCUGUGGACAAAACAAAGUUUUGCAGCCCCUGAGGAACUUGGCCUUCGAUCCCAUCAACAUGAAGAAUGCUUUUCUUCCAACAAUGCCUGAAGACAUGCUGGUUCAAGCCAGGGAGUGGAAAGACAUGCAAACUGGCCUCUGGUACACUUGUCCCAGCGGCCAUCUGUGCUUUGUAGGAGAGUGUGGCAGGCCAAUGGAAGAGAGCAUCUGUCCGGAAUGUCGUGUUCCAAUCGGAGGCCGUAAUCACAUCCCUCGAGAGGGUUUCCAUGCUAUCAGAAACAAUGAGGAUAGAACACAAACUGGCCACGUGUUGGGGAAUCCACGGUCUAGUGGUGCAGCAGAAGCAUCUGACCGAGGGCAGUCCCCAGUGGUCUUUAUCCUCACCCGGCUACUCACUCAUUUGGCUAUGCUUGUGGGAGCCACCCAGAAUCCCCAGGCCCUGAUGAGUAUCAUUAAGCCUCGGGUCCACGACCCACAGGGCUUCCUACGGCAGCACAUCCAGAGAGACCUGGAACAGCUAACCAAGAUGUUGGGCAAGAGUGCAGAUGAGACCACGCAUGUGGUACACCUCAUCCUGAGAAGCUUGCUCAAGGAGCAGCACCAGAGGGAAUUAAAUUUUAAUGCAGAAUGGUCAACCAAAGAAUACAGAAACAACUGGGAAAAGCAUUUUGAAAUCCUUCUUCUACAUGAACUAAAGCAUCUUGACAAAACCUUGCCAGCUGCAAAUGCUCUUAUCAGCCAAGAUGAGCGCAUCAGCACCAACCCUGUGACCAAAAUCAUAUAUGGGGACCCAGCGACCUUCCUGCCCCACUUGCCACCAAAAAGUACAGUUCAUUGCUCGAAGAUCUGGAGCUGCAGGAAGAAGAUCACAGUGGAGUACCUGCAGCACAUUGUGGAACAGAAAAACGGCAAAGAAACUCUGCCUGUCCUCUGGCACUUCCUUCAGAAGGAAGCAGAACUAAGGCUGGUGAAAUUCUUGCCUGAAAUCUUGGCCCUGCAAAGAGACCUAGUCAAACAGUUCCAGAAUGUCUCGAACGUUGAAUACAGUUCCAUCAGAGGCUUUAUUCACAGUCACCAUUCAGAUGGGCUGAGAAAGCUGUUACAUGAUCAAAUCACCAUCUUUCUGUCCACAUGGAAUGCACUGAGGCGGUCGCUGGAGACCAACGGUGAGAUCAAGCUACCGAAAGAUUACUGCCGUUCUGACUUGGAUCUGGAUGCAGACUUUGAGGUCAUCCUCCCACAGCGACGGGGCCUCGGCCUCUGUGGAACUGCUUUAGUCAGCUACUUGAUUAGCCUACACAAUAAAAUGGUCUACACAGUACAAAAGUUCUCCAGUGAAGACAACAGCUAUUCUGUAGAUUCCUCUGAGGUUACUGACCUGCAUGUCAUCAGCUAUGAGGUGGAGCGGGACCUGACUCCACUGAUCCUCUCCAACUGCCAGUACCAAGUGCAGCAAGGUGGGGAAACCUCACAAGAGUUUGAUCUAGAGAAGAUCCAGCAGCAGAUCAGCAGCCGCUUCCUGCAGGGCAAGCCCAGGCUGACCCUCAAGGGACUACCCACCCUGGUAUUCAGACGGGACUGGAACUAUGAGCAUCUCUUCAUGGACAUCAAGAACAAAAUGGCACAGAACCCACUCCCUAACUCAGCCAUCAGUGCCAUCAGUGGACAGCUACAGUCCUAUAGUGAUGCCUGUGAAGCCCUAUCUAUCAUAGAAGUCACUCUGGGUUUCCUGAGCACAGCUGGUGGGGAUCCUGGGAUGAACUUGAAUGUGUACAUCCAAGAAGUCCUACAGAUGUGUGAUCAGACUGCUCAAGUCUUAAAGGCCUUAAAUAGAUGUCAGCUGAGACACAUCAUUGCCCUCUGGCAGUUCCUAUCUGCACAUAAGUCGGAACAGCGGCUGCGACUGAAGAAAGAGCUAUUUCAGGAGAUUGAUGUGAAAUACAAAAAGGACCUCAGUCCAGAGCACACAAGACUCCUCAGCACAUUCCUGAAUGAGGCAGGCCUAGACACCUUCCUCCUGGAGCUCCAUGAGAUGAUUGUGCUGAAACUCAAGGGCACCCAGGCCGAGAGCAGCUUCAACCCCAAUUGGAGCCUCAAGGACACUCUAGUAAGUUACAUGGAGACUAAAGACAGUGACAUCCUUCCAGAAGUGGCGUCCCAAUUCCCAGAAGACAUAAGCAUGUCCAGCUGCAUCUCAGUGUGGAAAACAGCUGCCACACGAAAAUGGGACCGACAAUCAAGGUAGAGCAGCUCAACCUUCAAACCCAGCUGGAAAGAAAGGUCUUCCCCCACCUCCCUCCACAGCUCCGAGUAUGGGCUGUGGCUUUUGUGUGAAGGAAAGUGCGGGCACAGACUGGACCCCAGGCCUCCAUGCACCCACAGUGUGACAGCUUUCUGAAAGCCAAGCUGUUUCUGGAACAUGUGCCUACUCCAAAAUUUCCUUAAGUAUGGGGAAAGGAGAUUGUCAAUCAACUGCCUCCUGAACAUUCCAGAAGGAACAAGAGAACUGUAGUAAGGUCACACCCAACACUGAUCCUUCUUAAGACUGCCGGCCUCUUACCUCAUAUACCGUGGCUACCAUACUGCAUAGAGAGAAAAAACUCAGGGUAGUCAAUUUUUUUUAUUCUAUUACUUAUGUAUAGAAGAAUCUCGGGUUAUUCUUUCAUCCAGUCCCUUAAUUUCCCAGUAGUAUACACAUAUCUCUUGGUUUGCAAAAUGUAUGGAAAUUGCCACACUAACGCAAGGAAAUCCAAGGUGCUGAUAGAAGCUGUAAGGCCUCAUGAACAAGAGCUAACGUAAACUCACCGUGAGUCACUGCCAAACGCUCACUGAGAACACUGGACAGAGAGUGAAGAAGGAUGAGUAUACUGGUGAGCUGGAACUAGAGUGGGUGGCCGAGAACUUGCCUACCAGAGCAAAGCCCUGGGUUCUCUCCCCAGCACUGCAAGUGGGAAUAGGGGCAGACAAAAUAAAACAGUUGACUAAUGGCCAAAGCACUUUCCAGUUCUCAUGUGUUGAGAUUUCAAAGGAAGAUGCAUUAGUGUAAGCUCUGAUCAGAGGUAUUUGGGAGCUGGGAACAUGGCUCAGGCAGAGCCCUUGUCUAGUAUCUGUGGUGCCCUAAAGUCCAAUUCCUAGCACUGUUAAAAAGAAAGGUAUUAGGAAGUACUGUGGAGAGUUGCUGAUUGUGUAGUUGUCCAAUAAGCAUGCAAUGUGAUCUUAGCUUCCCUGAGCACACAGACAUCUGGCCCUUUCUUUGAGUCUCAGCCAAGGCUGAGUAUAAACCAGUUAAAGAGAAAGCAGAAAAAGAGCCCCCAGCGGCCCAAUCACCGUCCUCCCUCCCAUCCCACUGAAACCACCUUUGGUUCCCUCCAUACCUCUGGACUAACCCUACUCCUGGCAACUCACCACCAUCCACAGUGGUGUAAGAACAGUCAGUGUUUACAACUUGUAAGUCAUUUCCUUCACAGACUCAAUACACUUGAACUCUAGGGCCCAUGAACUUUGAGCAUCCAUGGACUCAGCCCUACCAGCAGGAGGUGCAGCUGGAACCGCGAUCUGACAUUCUCCUCAAGUCUGGUGUGACUCUGCACUUACAGCAAUGGUGAUAUUUUAUUCUAAACUAUGAGAGUCCCUGUCCCUGGAUGUCUGUGUCCCAGGUUUGGGGGGUACAGGGCUUAAAGAACUUGCCAACUAGGCCUUGGAACUCCUGUGAUCUAUCAGAGGGCAGCUCAGCCCCACACUUCCUGCUGAAAGGCCCUUUUUGGCUUUGGACUAGGCAUUACCUUUUUUUCUGUUAUGAAGAAUUUUUAAUUAAGAUGUUUUAUUUUGUGUGCUGUGCUUUUAAAGUCAUAACUGCCUUUAGUAUUACCCAUUGUGUCUGUACAAAAUGCAUAGAUCUAACGCUGGCAAAGUAAACUGCAUUAUGUUUCCAUACCUGUUUUAAUAAACUUAAAUGUCACA